AAGUUUCACUUCCUUGCCGGUUGGAGACUCACAGCUACAGCAGGCUUCUCUCUCACUGAAGAGCGAGAGAGUGUGAGGAGCACCAGAGCCAAUCUCUCUCUGUGUCUUCCCCAUAGCACCCCGCAGGGGCUCUGUGGAUGUGAGGAGGGUGAGGAGCGCGAAUGGGCAGAGCAGAAACGCUAGAAGGGAAGAUGAGUACCCAGGAUCCCACAGACCUGUGGAGCAGAUCGGAUGGAGAAGCCGAGCUGCUCCAGGACCUGGGAUGGUAUCACAGCAACCUCACCCGCCAUGCUGCAGAAGCUCUUCUUCUCUCAAACGGACGGGAUGGAAGCUACCUGCUAAGGGACAGUAACGAAAGGAUCGGGCUCUACUCUCUCUCCGUGAGAGCCAAAGACUCUGUCAAACAUUUUCAUGUUGAAUAUACUGGAUAUUCAUUUAAAUUUGGCUUUAAUGAAUUCCCAUCUUUGAAGGAUUUUGUCAAGCAUUUCGCAAACCAGCCUUUGAUUGGAAGUGAGACAGGCACUCUGAUUGUUCUGAAGCAUCCCUAUCCAAGGAAAGUGGAAGAGCCUUCCAUUUAUGAAUCCGUGCGGGUUCACACAGCAAUGCAGACAGGAAGAACAGAAAAUGACCUUGUGCCCACUGCUCCUUCUCUGGGUACCAAAGAAGGCUACCUCACCAAACAGGGGGGCUUGGUCAAGACUUGGAAGACAAGAUGGUUCACUUUGCACAGGAAUGAACUGAAGUAUUUCAAAGACCAAAUGUCACCAGAACCAAUUCGGAUCCUAGACUUAACAGAAUGUUCAGCUGUACAAUUUGAUUACUCACAAGAAAAAGUAAACUGUUUUUGCUUAGUAUUUCCAUUCAGGACAUUUUAUCUCUGUGCAAAGACAGGAGUAGAAGCUGAUGAGUGGAUCAAGAUAUUACGCUGGAAAUUGUCACAAAUAAGAAAAAAGCUAGACCAAGGGGAUGGCACAAUCCAGUCUCAGUCGUUUGUCUUUAAGUAGACCUUUCCUGACCAGGGAUGCCCUGCUCCAGGAACAGAGUGGAAUGUUCCCUGAUGCUAUGGUCAGUAGAAGACUUCAGAGGAAAGCCGAAUAACGAAUUUUCUUUAAAAACAAAACCAAAGCUGAUGCUGAUUGGGACCUUUCAGAACAUGUCACAUUUGCUGACUCACGGAAAACUGCUACCCUUCCGAGUUGUGGCCAUCUCCCUGAGAAUUCCUAAGCAAAGAGCGUUCUGAUAGAAACAAAUUAAACCACCACUUCCAGACUUGUUCAACGUUAGAGCAUACAAUAUGUGGUUCCCAAGCUUUUUGACGUUAGUUGCCUGGAACCCCACUGUGUUCUGGACAAUUCAUCUGACAUCAACAUUGUGUUAUCAGCAAGGAGAGAAACGGUUACAUACUUGAGGCUUAGACAGUUUCUUCAGAAAACACAUUGAGACAGUAAACAUCAAAGAUUUUUUUGGAGGGGAGGAGUUAUUUUUUGCUUUUUUAUUCUUUUUAAAAAAACAAAAGCAGUUUCCCAAAACUGGAAAAUGUUUACAGUAUUUAUUUUCUCUUUUUAAAAGGCUCAGAAAUCUAGUGGGUCCUUCACUUCUAAUGACUAGCCCCUGGGAACUAAGUAUCCAAAGACAAUUAUGUAGGAAAAUAAAGACAAAUGAAGGUACAAUUUUCAAAAUGUCUCUUAUAACCAUCUUGGAGGAAAUGUUUUACAGAGUGAGAAUUGAAGGGAGGGUAAUGAAGUAGUAGAUAACUUGUAAUUUAAUAGUAAUAAUAAUGUUGUUAGCAGUGCUCGAGUCUCCCUCGACUCACGGCAACCCCAUGCACAGUGGAACUAGAGGCUGUCUGGUCCUUUGCCAUCCCUAUGAUUGGUUAUGAAUUGGACUGUUGUAAUCCAUAGGGUUUUCACUGGCU